AUGUUGCUGCAGCUGGAGAAGUCAUACGCCCACUGCGCACCGUCGGAGAUGGAGAAGCGCGUAGCCCUUCUUGAGCAGCGCAUCGGGCAGAUCACGGAGGGCGAAGGCUCCCGGAUCCAGACCCUCUGUGAGCAAGCCAAGAGGCUGCAAGAAGGUCUGCAUGCCUUACGGGUCUCUGAAGAGAUCCAGGAUGAACGAAGGCAAAAGGAGCUGAAGGUCGUGGAAAGCAGCAUGCUGGCGGACCUGCAGACAGCGGCUUCCGAAAGGCAGCAGGCAGAGCAGAAGCAUGAGGAGUCGAUCAGCAGCAGAUUGGACGACUGCCGAGUGGAACUCCUCAAAGAGCAGUCGCAGAGGGAGACUGUUCACGAUGACUGUGGACGCGAAGUUGGUGAAGAGGUUCAGAGACUCCAAGCUUUGCUCGAGAAGCAGACAGCACUGCGCUUGGAGUACGGGGAGCAGAUCGUCGCCCACCUGGAGGCAGAAUUCAGGAAAGUCCAGGACGCUAUUGUCAGCGAGCAGCAGCUUCGAUUCGAAGCAGAGGGCAUGAUGCUCCGGAUGGUUGAGGAUGUAUGUGGGCGACUACAGGCUGAGAUUCAGCAGGACCGGGAGUGUUCAAGUCGACAGUUUCUGACGGCCAUUGCGAUUGUAAUCAGUAGGGUUUCAGGGCAUGCUGUGACUUUGCACAGCAGUGCCGGUGUUGCAGUAGAAGCCGAGUUCCCUGUGCCAGGCCCCUGCCGUGCAGGCCUCGGGCCAUCCACCGUAGUUUUCAAACCGAUCUGUCGAGUAAGACACCCAUGGAUGCCCGACAGCCGCCGAAGAAAAACAUCUGCAAAGCACUGA